UUGUGGAAACCCUGCUCCUAUUUGAAAGAAGAAGUUGAUGCAGAGGUAAUUUUGAUGACUUGAGAAAUUAAUAGUAAUUUUUUUCAUAAAAGUUAAGGACCUAUUUUUCAUGAAAAAUAAAAAAGUUAACGACCCUAUUUUAUACUUUUCCGGACCAAAAACAUGUAUGAACUAUUUAUUCCUUCCUCAAUUCCUUUUCUUUACUUUCUUCACUAAAAAAACUCUCUUCAAUUUAACUUAACCAAAAAACUCGACAAUUUCCCAGAAUUAAUUAUUUCCUUCAUUUCUUCAUCCUCAUUUUUUUGGCCAUUCAAACUUUUUUCAAUGAAUCAUUUUGUCUUUGUACUUUUACAUUUUUUCUAGCUUUUUGGAUUGAACCAAUUACAUUUGUUGCACUUUUUUGGAGUAAGAAAGUGUAAGAACAAGGAAAAGCAAAAUUGUGUGUAUGCCAAAAGAAGGUGUUUACUAAUGAAUUUUUUCGGCUGUGUUCCACUUUUUUUCUUUUUCUUUUAUGCAUUUUUUUUCUGGAUUUUUCAGAGUCAUUUUUUUCAAAUCUUUCUUAAGAACAAUGCAUUUUUGUCGCUUUGUUCAUUUUUUCUGGAAAUUUUUUUUACGAGCUUGAACAUUUCCAAGAAUUCAAAGAUUGAAGUCAUGUGCUCGCAGAAUUCUUGGAGAAUGAUUAAUUAUAUCUCUUGUGAGUGAUUUGAUUCUUGUUUGCUCAUAGGUCACUUCCUUGUUUCUGAUAAUUAAAAUUAAUUACUGAAUUAAAACUCUACUAUAUUCUGAAGUUUGACCUCUAGAAGUUUGAAAUGUUUUCCAAUAAGCCAAACUCCAUCAUGCAUAACAUUUUAUUUAUGAACUUCAAAUUUUUAUUUUUAUUUUCUAUUUUCAUUUUCAUUCUCAAACCAGAAAACAUUUCCAGUCUUUGAGCUUUAAGACUUUCAGAAUAAAUUAGAAUAAUUGAUUAUAAAACAUUUCUCAUCAUUUUUUUUCAGACAAGACUUAUAGAGAUAAAUAAUCCAAAAAUGAUUCAUGAUUUAUAAUCACAUUUAGUUUUGGAAAAUUUCUGGAUUAUUUACUAUUCAGAAAGGAAAAUGUCUUCCCCGUUUUCUUUCGAAUCAGUAUUUUUUUGACAGAUUUUUUUUCGAUUUGUUAUUCUUUCACUCAUUCAUUCAUUGCUUCAUUCCUUUAUUUUUCCAUCUUUUUCUUUCAAAGAUGAAUUUUCAUUAAUAUUAAUCCCUUUCAUUAUUAUUUUCAUAUUCAUUAUUAUCAUAAUUUCUAGGGUACGUAUUAUUAUUUUUUCUUUUCAAAUUUUUUGUACUUUAUUACUGAUGUCUGUUCUUUUGUGUUCCGCGACAAAAACAAACUUCAAAAGUGAAAGAAACCAGUUUGUGUGAAUAACCGAAGAAAUUCGAUAGUUGAGUUGGUUUGCAGCACCCAUUAGGUCUAUGUUGCUUUUUUCUUCUUUUUUUUUUGGUUGGUUCAUCAUCACAAUUCAAUUUGACUUUUUUCGUGAGAAAAAUUUUUUGUUGCUCUUUUUAAAGAAUUUUUGAUAUUUUGUUUUUUUUUUGAAAAUGGUCACGAAACUACAAGGUUUUUUUCGUAUUCAUAGACAAUUGAAGUUUUGGGCGAUAAGUUUAUUUUUUCUCUAUUCCCUGAAAUUUUGAAAAAAACCUCUAUGAAAAAUAAAUGAAUCUGAAAAAUUCUUUUGGAAAACUUUUUUAUUUGCAAGUACUUUCUUGUAUUUUCAAGCACAGAACUGUAACCUUUAUUAAUAAAAUGAAACCCUGUUUUUUUUUCUGCUACUAAAUUAUACCAGUUUUUAGAGUUCUGUCAAAAAAGUCUCUGUCAAAGUAGGAAUUGAACUUCCUUGUUUUUCGUUUAUCACUGAAAAAGUAUGAAGUCACAAAAAAUAUAUUUAAAGAUAUUCCCAUAAGAAUUUUCUAGUCACGCAAAUUUAUUAAAGUGCAAAUUCAUCAUUUUCAGAUUUCUUAGAAUUUUUUUGGAAAACCUACGUAGAUAUUCAAGAAAAUGAAAUCAUUAGCUCGAAAAAUUGAUAAGUUCAAAAGCAGUUCGAAUUUCAUUGUCUGAUGGGGAUUAUCGAAAGUACGAAUUCUCCUUUUUUCAUAAAGAAAGAAAAAUAUAUAAGAGAACCUGUAAUUAUCGUAAUUCCAGUGCAUAUUCAUUUUUCUCAAAUCCCAUUUCAAAUUUUUUCUUUUUUAUUCACAAAGAAAAAUAAUAUGGCUCAAAUAAAAUUGAUGUGAUGAAUAAUUCAGAAAAAUUACAAUUCGGGCGAUUUCAAAAAUGACGAGAUGAGAUUUUUCAUCCCACGCAUUUCCAUUCAACUUCCAAAAUAUUUUUUGAGACACAUAAAAUCUUGAACAAAAAAUAUAGAGCAAAUUCUUGGAUCUUGAGUGACAUUUCGAGAACAAAAAACAAUAAUCAGCGAAAUCUUCUUGAAUGAAUGCAUUUCGAAUUUUUUGCGCUCAAAAAAACUUUUUCUUGAAUUUAAAGUUGAACUUUGUUAGUUCCGUUGUUUCGUUUUAUCGUUUUUUUCUCGAAGUUUUUCACAUUCCAUUUUAUUUCAGAAAAUGGUGGACACUGCAACGAGUUCUCCAGCUACGAUUCGACAUAAACAUCGGCUCACAGAGGAGAGGUUUGUGAUUUGAAAAAAAGUUAGAGAAAUGGGGUGAGAUCAGAAAUAACAGUAAUUCCCGAAAUCAGAGUGUUUUGGUAACAGUGAAAUCUUAGAAGAGCUUUUUAAAACCGAGAACUUACGUAAAAUUGUAUUACCAACUUUUUUUUGGAAGAAAAUAUUGUCAAUCCAAUUUUUUGAGCAGUGAAAAAGAUCCGUUGUGGUCUUUUCAAAUACAAAAGAUCAAAUAAACCGACAAAGCCUACUGUAGUGGUCAUCUUCUGAUCUCAAAACUACAAAAUGUCCGUCAAAUUGAUCAGUAAAGACAACUUUACAGAAUUGAAUAUGAAUUUUUCUAAUACCCUUCUUCUUAUUUCUUCUUCUUUUUCAUUUUUCCUCAAUUCAAUUUGUGUUGUUGGAUAGAAGAGCAUGUAUUUAUUCAUAUUAUUUUCAUAAAUGCAUACACAUACUGACUGAAAAAUAAGAAAUAUGUGUAUUUCAUUAAUUGUGAACUUCCUGUUUUCCUCUUGCGGCACAUAUAAAAAUAGAGGAAAACAUACAAAUUUUCUCGCAUCACUCUCUACAACCAUUUAAUUUGAAAUAAAAUGAUAGUUUUAAAAAUAACUGACUUUUUUUUCUUGACUGACUGACUGCAGCUAAUUUUUGUCGCCGGGCGUCCCGUUGUCUUGUGAUGCAUAUAAAAAUAUGUAUAUUCCAAGAAAAAUAAGUGCUAUUUAAAUAUAUAUUCGCCCAUAUUUUUGUGCCAUUUCCCUUUUUUUGGUUCUUUUCUUACUUUUUAAUGUGAUGAAUGAAUGAAUGAAAGAAAAAACGAGAUGAAAGAAGAAAAAAGUUCUCCAUCACUGUUAAUUAAACAUUUCUACUACAACUACCACUCUUUUUCUCUUUUUCUCCUUCUCAUUUUUCUUCGUAUCCGAUUUCAUUGCGACAGUGACUGCAUAGUUUCUGACAAGAAGACCGCAAAGUUUGUCGCAUCGGUGGUUCAGUGGUAGAAUGCUCGCCUGCCACGCGGGCGGCCCGGGUUCGAUUCCCGGUCGAUGCAAUCUUUUUUAUUUUUUUUUCGUUUUCAAUUAAAUAGGGUUUCGUUUAAUUCAUUUUAUAUGAAAUAUAAAACCUCGAAGAAACCUCACAAAUUUCAUGGCUAUUUAAAAAUGUUCACCUGUCUUAAUCUUUCUUUAGAAUAUUCAUAAUCGUGGUUGUUGAAAAGGACAUUUUCCAAGCCUGAGGCCCUUUACAAUCUUUCCUAAAUAAUAAUCUCUUAAAAACUCCAAAUUUCUCAAGACUUCUAGUAGAUCAAAAAUAUUUUUCUCUAAAUUUCCGUGAAAACGAGAUAACCCGUGUUUAUUAUUCAUCUUAUGCUAAAAAAUAUGACAAUUCUCGGAACACUUGAAAUAAAUAACUCAUAUAGUGAAUAAAAAAUAAGAAAAAUAAGAUGUAAAAGAAAAUAGCGCGGGGAAAUUGGUUUGCUAACCAACAUAAGCCUUUUUGCUAUUCCUAUUCUUUUUGUUUCUGUUUCAAUUAAAUAAUACACCACUUUUCUGACAUUUAUAUAUGUUUCAAAGUUUUCUAACAUGCUUUUUUGCUCAUCGUUCCAAAAACAAUUUUGUUUAUUUCAUUUUAUUCAAAUCGAAGACAGCUCAUGCUAAUUUGCAAUUCUCGUCUAUCAUCCUCUCGUUUUUCUCUCGUCUUAUUUACUUUUUUCUACAUACUUUGUGCAUGUUUUUUUCUGCUAAAACAAACUCGUUCGUCUCCCAUUUAAUCGUUUUGUGUAUAAUCCAAACGAGAGAAAAAAUCAAGGAAUUAUCUGGCUUUGACAGGAGAAAAAAUGCUUUCUCAACAAUUUUUUAUUUGUUGUUUGUUGUUGAUUUCUAUUUCUAUUUUCAUUUUUUUUUCAUAUUGAAAAAUAGACAUUGUUAAUAUUUUUCUAUUUAUUUGGAACACGAUUGUUCACAAAAUCAACCCGCCUCUGCUCUGCAAAAUCAAAGUUUCUAACAUCAGUUCUAGUUUUUUCCAAAAUUUUCGCGUGUAUCAUUAAUUUUAAUCAUAUAUCUCCUUUUCUUCUUGAAAUAUCAAAUCUGAAAUCAUUCUGUUGAAGUUCUAGAUUAUGAUAUCAGCUAGUACAAUGACUGAUCAAUUUGACGGAAAUGAAAGUAGUGAUGAUCAAUGGUUAACAGUUCAAGACGAAAAGACAUUAUUGUCUGCUAGAGUAUUACCAGUUGAUGAUCCAAAUGUUGUUAGUAGGAAACAGUCUGCCAGUGAUUUGCAAAGUCGUCUCAAAACUCGCAAACUGUUGGGAGUUGGUGAAUUGGCCGGUGAUAAUGGUGAUGUUUACAAAUCAAAGGUUGGUGAUUCAUAGGGGUGAUUUUGAUUUUGUUAUGGGUGUGAGUCAAAUAAUUUAAUCAGCAUAAUUAUGCUGAUUAAGGAAGUAAGCAAAUUUGAAAAUAAUUGUUGAAUUUGAUAAGUCAAAAAGUGGAAUGAACAGCAUAAUUUGAUGGGAAUUUUUUGAAGAAAGUUAACAAAUAUGAGAAACAAGAAUUUAAAAACUAUGCUAUUUAUUUCUCUAUAGAUCUUAGAAGUUGAAUGACUGUGAAUGAAACAAACAUCAGCAAAAAUAUCCUUUUUUUUUUCAAUUUUGCAAUGUUUUUGAGAUAAGUUUCAAAUACUUUUAGAAAAUGUUAAUAUAAUUUUUUUUUGAAAUGUUUUUUGAACCACCACAGGCUCAACUUUGAAAUACCCUCACAUUCAUGAAAGAUCCUACAACAUUUCAUGAAACGUUUCAUUUCACAAAACAUUUUUCAUAGAUCUCACAACUUUUGGGCAUCAAUGAAUCACUCUACGUUCGAAUGCCACGAGGAAUGUGUUUAUGGAACACAUUCAAUGCCCUCUAUUUCCUUGCAAUCGGAGCGUUGGUAAAACAAUUUCCUUAUCUCAGUUCUCAAAACAUUCUUUGACUUAUUUUUCAGUGCCUCUUCUUCCCAGUUAUCGGAUCAAGAUUUGAUUAUGGCUUCGAAAGCAUUGUUCCAGAAGCAAAAGUGUUUAUCAGAUUAUAUGGAGUUGUUUUGAUUUGUUUUGGUGUGCUGUUCAGAUGUAUUUUGCAACAACGUGAGACCCGUUCGGAUAUUGCUACUUUGUUACUUGUGACUGCUGCGUUGCAUCUUGCAUUGCUCAUUGGUAAGAAAGUUAGUUGGAAAAAUAAAGAAAAAAAAUGGUUUUUUAGUAUCAGUGGCGGCUAGUGGAAAAAUCACUCUGAUCUCGGCGGCAAUCCGAUCAUUCUGCAUUGUUGGAAAUAUUUGUUAUCACACUCUGGUAGAUGGACAAGGUAAAAUAGAGAACAGAGUGUUUGUGGGAGUAUAUAUGAUAUGCUAACACCUUUUUUUCGCAAAUCCCCAAAAAUUUUACUUUUUUCCAAUCCCCUAAUUAUCUGUAAAGAGCUAGAUAUUAUUCCCAGAGCGAUAAAUUUUUAGCGAGGCUUUUUCUAAAAAAAAAACUUUUAAUAAUAUUUUCAUAUCAGAUAUAUAUUCACAGUAGUUUUCCCAUAAAAUAAAAUAUUCCAAAAACUAGUUAGAUCGAUAAUACAAUACAAAAAUAUUAUGAGAGAUUGUUUUUCUAUUAGCAAUCCUCAAUUUUUUUUUGAUAAAUUAUACAUACAGCUGUGAUUUUCGAGAAUUAUCACAAAUAAAAAAAAAUGUUUUUUUGAAAAACAUUUGAUUUUUCCAUAAAUUGAAAAAAAUACAUAUUUACUUUUAUAAUCAUUUUUUUCAUUCAAUAUAUAUUCACCAGAAAAAAAAAAAGAAUUGAAAGGAUUAUUUAUUUAACACUCUAUUUCGUUUAUCUUAUCUUUUUCAUAAUAUUUCAGGCGGACUCCAUCGUCAAUUGAUUCGUGUAAUUGAAGAUCUUUCAUUCCUCACAUCAUCCCCAAUUAUUGAGAAAAAACCAUUUGUUGAAGUAAUUGACACAAAUGGAACAGCAACCCCACCGGUUCAAGCUGACGAAAAAAAGAAUGCAUAA